UUUACCGUCAUCUCAGUUUUGUGUAAAGCAGGUUCGAUAUCUUGUUUUUUAGGACAGUUCAUCAUCGUCGGGAUCAUCAGUUGAAGUGAUAGAUUUCGACCUGGAACCUACGCGACCACUUGGUGACGUUGAGUUGCGUCAACGGAAACCCGUAAAAUAUAAUGUUGACUCUGAUGACAGCCAAGAAAUCGCUGGGUUGUCAGAUAGAAGUGACGACCAUAGCUUUAAUUUAGACGACGUAUGCAUAGACAACGAGGAAGUUGCCGGUGCUUCAAAGGAAAAGCCUUCAAAGCCAUUAAGCGAUGCGGGUUCAGAUUCAAUCGACUUUAAUAUCAUUUCAGACACUGUGGUAGCACCAAAAAGUCCAGCAAAACCAGCUGCAGUUACUAAAAAGCCAAUCGCCGCUACUAAAGCAAAGCCCAGGGCCGAUGUUAAAAAUGUUCGUCAGCGCAAAAAGAAAACGAAAAAGCUUGAAUGGGCGAGCUCCAGUGAAGAUGAUUUCGUACCUGAUUCCGAUGACUUCGAGGUUUCACCGAAAACGAAGCGUCCUAAAGCUAAACCGGCGGUAUUCGAUUCUGACGAUGACGAUUAG